AGCGCAGCGCCUCUGAGGAGCAGUCAGCCAAGCGACAGGAGCAGAGCGCAGAGCGGAGAGCAAAGUUUCCCAAAUGGAUUUCUUUGGUGCAAGCAGACAUUUGUUAUUCUCAUACGUUCUCAUCAACGGGAUAUUAAUAACCUUACAGGCAAAUGAAGAGGUGCUUUUGGAUAUGAAGGCAAGAGGAGGAGAGCUGGGCUGGCUGACCUGGCCCCCAAAGCAGGGAGAGACAUCUGGGUGGGAGGUCACCCAGAAAACCCUGAAUGGCACACAGUUUUAUGCCUACUCCAUAUGCAAUGUCGGCGAGCGUGAGCAGGACAACUGGCUGCGCACCACCUUCAUCCAGAGGCACCCUUCGGUCUCUCGGGUUUUUGUAGAACUCCAAUUCAUCGUGCGCGACUGCAACUCAUUUGAUGGUGCCUCAUUAAUCUGCAAGGAGACCUUUAACCUCUACUCAUCAGAGGCGGAUGCAGACGUGGGCACGACCUUCCACAAGGUGCAGUUCAAGAAGGUGACCACGAUAGCUCCAGAUGAAAGAACUAACAAAAACGAAAUGCACAUCAACACGGAAACGAAAGUUGUGGAAAAUUUAUCUCAGAAGGGUUUCUACUUGGCCUUCCAAGACAUCGGAGCCUGCGUCGCUCUCCUCUCUGUCAGGGUGUACUACAAAACUUGCCCGGCCACAACAAAGAGCCUUGCUUUGUUCCCUGAGACUGUGGCUGGAGGUGAAGGCCAGGGGCUCAAGGAGGUGACUGGGAGGUGCAUCGAUAAUGCUGAAAGUGUGGAUUUACCUCGAAUAUACUGCACUAUGGACGGGGAGUGGGUGGUCCCAGUUGGACAGUGCCAGUGUAAUCCCGGUUAUGAAGAAGUGGAAGAUUCUUGUGAAGAGUGUCAGCCAGGCUUCUUCAAAGCUGAGGGAACCAGUGGCAAGUGUGAGCCAUGUCCUGCCAACACCCAGAGCCACAACUCUGGUGCUACAUAUUGUCCAUGCAAGGAUGGCUUCUUUCGGGCUGUUACGGAUCCCAUCACUGGACCUUGUUCAGGCCUCCCUUCUGCCCCACGAGAUCUAAAAGCCACCACCAGCAGCCUUUCCCCAGGAAAGCUCCUUCUCUCCUGGCAGCCCCCUGAGGAUACCGGCGGUCGAACUGACAUCAACUACAGCGUCGAUUGCCAGCAUUGCGGGUGCAACGAGGGCUCUUCCUGCCAACCUUGUGGAAAGAAAAUUCGUUAUGACCCACCCAACAUGCUCCUGACUGAUACCAAGGUGUCAGUGAGCGAGCUGGACCCCUUCUGCAACUACACCUUCACUGUGGAGGUGCACAGUGGGGUGUCCAUGUUUGCCAAGCAGGCAAAGGCGAGCACAUUUAGGCCACCGUCCUCAGCCAAACUGCAUACAUCUCUUCACUACACAGAUCCACCCAAAAUUACUUCGAUGCGUCUGGUUGAACGAGAUACCACCAGUUUGUCUCUGUCCUGGGAUGUUUUCCCCCGUCCACGUGUCCAGUCCCAGCGUAUCCGCUACCAGCUUUCUUACCACAAAAAGGACAAUAAACCCGAUGUGCCUACGUUUGUUGUGCUGAACCUGGAGAAAAACUCUGUGCAGAUUGACAAUCUGUCCCCAGGCACGGCUUACCGGGUCAAGGUCCAGGCUCUGGGCUCUGAUGGUAGCCAAGGAGUUUCCAGCUUGGAGGAACAGUUUGAGACGUUGUCUGAAGGACAACUUAACAAGACCGCUGUUAUCAUUGCUGGAGUGGUUGCAGGAGGAGUCAUGGUUUUCAUACUGACAGUCAUCUAUUGCCUGCACAGACGGAAAAGAGAUACACACACUAGACAAGGACCAGAGGACACCUACUUUUCAAGCCCUGAACAAUUAAAACCCCUGAAGACGUAUGUGGAUCCACAUACCUAUGAGGACCCCAACGUCGCUGUACUCAAGUUUGCCACUGAAAUCCAUCCCAGCCACAUAACCAAACAGAAAGUCAUCGGAGCUGGCGAGUUUGGGGAAGUUUACAAAGGCAUCCUGAAAGCGCCUGGGAAGAAAGAAGUGGCGGUGGCUGUAAAGACCCUAAAGCCUGGCUACACAGAGAAGCAGAGACAGGAUUUUCUAAGCGAGGCCUCCAUCAUGGGACAGUUCUCCCACCAGAACAUCAUUCGUCUAGAGGGGGUGGUCACCAAAUUUAAACAUGCAAUGAUUGUGACCGAAUUUAUGGAGAAUGGAGCUCUGGAUAGAUACCUGAGAGACCAUGAUGGUGAGUUCUCAUCUCACCAGCUGGUGGGGAUGUUGCGUGGCAUCGCAGCAGGCAUGAAGUACCUUUCUGAAAUGAGCUAUGUUCACCGUGACCUUGCUGCGCGCAACAUCCUGGUCAACACAUCCCUGGAGUGUAAAGUUUCAGACUUUGGCCUGUCCCGAGUUCUUGAGGACGAUCCUGAGGGGACCUACACCACCAGUGGAGGUAAAAUCCCCAUCCGCUGGACAGCACCCGAGGCAAUAGCCUACAGGAAGUUCACCUCUGCAAGUGAUGUGUGGAGUUUCGGCAUUGUCAUGUGGGAGGUCAUGGCAUUUGGGGAAAGACCUUAUUGGGAUAUGAGUAACCAUGAGGUGAUGAAGGCCAUAAAUGAGGCUUUCAGGCUUCCAGCACCAAUGGACUGUCCAUCGGCCGUCUACCAGCUGAUGCUUCAGUGCUGGCUUCAGGAUCGCUCCAAGAGGCCGCGCUUCGGAGACAUCGUCAGUCUGCUGGACAAGCUCCUCCGCAGCCCAGACUCACUGAAGACCAUAGCAGACUUUGAUCCUCGCGUAUCCAUUCGGCUGCCCAGCACCAGCGGGUCAGAUGGCUCCCCCUUCAGGUCAGUGUCCGAGUGGCUAGAGUCCAUCAAGAUGAGCCAGUAUAGCGAAAACUUCACGCGUGCCGGGGUAAUCACCAUGGACCAGGUCCUGCAGAUGAAGAACGAGGAUAUUAAGAACAUCGGGGUGAGAUUGCCCGGCCAUUUGAAAAGAAUAGCUUACAGCAUCUUGGGCUUAAAGGACCAGACCAGCACCCUGAGCGUGUUUGCUGUGUGAUCCUCCAAAUUAAAAGGGAUGUCAAAUUGGACACAGGAAGCCCUUUGAACUCCAAGCUGAGCGGGAGCGUCUCUGCAGGGAUGGCGUUGGAUCAGCCGAACCAAGAGAAAAUGUGCCAACUCUAUGGGCCAAAUCAGUCCGAGAGACUUACUGUAUGUUCUAGAUUUCUUCAUCUUUUCCACGGGGAAAUGGAGCACAUACCUAACAAAAGACUUUCGAUAUUUAGAUAGCUAUUUUUGUACUUUCUUACAGAGACAGCUACUUUCUAAUUCAAUGUCAAUUUUUUCUGCUCCUGCUUCAGCUUUAUAUUUGCACCCUGAGUUUGUUGCAAACAAACUGGGAGAACUUUUAUAAACAAGCAGCAGAGUCCAGUCAUGGUUCAGGAUGUGGUUGGUGUCUACGUCUCUGUAUCUGUCACUGAUUGGCUUUUUGCUCCAUCUGUUAUCAGGAAGCACAAAGAGGCUGUAAUGAGCUUGAGCUGGUCCAGGUUUAGAUAACAAAAAGCAGGAUCCAUGUAAAUAACUUGACUCCUGCUAGUCCUCCGCAGAAAUUAAGCUAUCAUCCUAUGGAGAUUUUAUUUUCAUAAAAAAACAGAAUGAUGAGGUACUUUUUCUACAAAUUGACUUUAGCCUCUUUAUUUUUCACCAUUAACUGUUACAAAAAAAAAUGAUUGUGAACUUUUAAUGUAGCACUUGGAGCAAGACUCAUCUUCAAUAAGGGCAAUUACAACAAAAAAAAAUGACCAAAGUAUUUCUAUCCUUUGAACUGUUAAACAUUUUUCAACUUCUUGAUGUGAUAUAAUUUAAAAGACCAACACAGGCAUUCAUACAUUUGAGGUAGAAGAAAAAUAUAUAUAUUUUUUACAGCAUGUUAAAUUGAGAAUAUCUAUAUCUGAUGCAUCUCCACAGGAUGAUGCAGUCACAGCCAUGUUUCACUAAUGAAUGUGUGGCUUGGAUGAUGUGCUGGAUUAGUUUCUCAAAUCAAAAAUCUUUGCAUGCUGGAUGAUGAGUUUAUGUUUGCUUUCAUUAGACCAAAGAGUGCCUUCUUUCAGAUGUUUAUUCAAUACCCUAUGUGGUUUGGGAUUAGCAGCAAAGGAGACUUUUAUGUCUAUUGGCAACAGUGGAUUUUUUCUCGCCACACUGAAAGCAGGAUUUUAUGUGCAUCUCAACAGCUGUCAUGUAAAAAAAUUCUUCCAUAUGAGAGGUAAGUCUCUGCUGCUUUUUGUUUUAUAACAUAAUGCUGCUUUAAACUUAACUAUAAAUUCAUGUCAGACCAAUUAAUAAUUUUAUUAUCCUUUUCAUGCCAUUUUCUGGAUUCUCUUUGAGAUGUAAAAGUAAUGGUUUAAGGUUGAUAACAAUCUUUGUCCCUCCACUUUGUAGGUUUUCACUACUUUGUGUUAAACUAUCUCCAAAAAAAAAAAAAAAACUAAACUAAAAAUACAUAUAAGUUCAUGUUUGUGAUAUGAUAAAAAUGUGGACCAAGUAUGAGGGAAUAAUAGAAAGGUAUUGGCUGUGUCUUAAUGUUCACCCUAACCGCUAAAUCCCUCAAUCACUAUAUAGAGCGGAGACUAUAUAUAGUGGACUUUUUAGUGAACUCAGUUAACUGACCGUUGGGACAGAUGAUCACCACGUUUCGCUCCACGUUGGUUAUGUAACUCCUCCACUGUGCGGUGCCUGCACCAUCGUUGUUAUUAGUUUCCGCUGUCGGGUAGCGACAGCCUAUGGCAACAGCGGGCAGCUGUGACAACAAAUCCCAUAAUGCUUUGCAAGGAGAACUCCACCCGCAAAGCACUCUGGGAUAUAUCUGCUGGUCUAAUGACCACGGAUGAUCACUACUUUUCAAGUUGCAUUGAGGGAAAUUUCAAUUCCGCUACUUUUUCAUCCUCUAGACGUUUGGACACUCAUUUAAAAUGGCGCAACCACUAUAUAGUGCCUUAUAUAGGGCUAAGGGCGGACAUUAGAACACAGCCAUUGAAUGUAAAAAGUCAAUAUUUGUAAUUGAAAUUAUAUUUAAGUUUAAAUUCUGCAAAUAUUUUCAAAAGUAAAUAAAAAAGAAUGAAGUAAAAUACUCACUAAACUAACUAAAAGAACAAAAGAAUCCCUCACAACUAAGAUAUGUUUGCAGUUUUACUAGUUUACAUUUUGUCAGCCUCUUUUUAAAUGUUCAAUCAAUCAAAGUGGUUUAUUGAUUUGUUUAAAUGAAAUGCUUUAGGAAUGACCUGCUUGACUCUUUCCAGACAUUUUAAAAGCUUUUCAAAGUGCCUCUUUAUAGAAGAUAAACACGAGUCUGCCUCUCUCUCUUUAAAUAAAGCGGCUCUUCUGUGUAGCGAAUAGUUUGUAGUUAAAACCCCAGUGCUCUUAAUCCAUGACUGCAAAUCCAGUGUGUUACUGAUGUACAUCUUCCUUUACUUGAAUUUUUACUUUGUCAAAUGUAUGAUUCUGUUGUAGCUCAGAAACCAAUCUUCUAAAAAAGGGAUUUAUUUUUUUGUUGAUAUUUGGGUUAAUUGGUUUGAGUUGCAUUUUGUAAAUUUUGUAUGAUAUCCAGUAUUAAUCAUAUUCCUGUGCUUUUUUUGUGUUUUUGUUCUGAGUUCAAAUCUUCUCAAAACUUUCUUCACAUAAGAGCAAACAUCUACUUCCUUUGCAAAUUCUUCUCUUUUUGUCUUCUGUUUUAUACUGUAUUUAAUAGUCUAUUUAUUUUUUAACUGUUAUUUAUUUAUCCUGAUAAACACUGAGCUGGGUUUGUAAUUGGAGGUUGCUCAUUAAGCCUUAAUUAAAAGAGAAAAAAAAA